AUGCUUCCCUUGAUGAAGCCACCUGCUCCAUCAUCCUGCCUUCUGAAAUUCUUACAAACACAGUCUGGCCUUGCAAGCGGCUUAUCAGCAUGCGCCGCUUCGAGAUCAAGAGCUUCCAGGCUUGAACCCUUCGCAACAGGAUCGCCACGAAAAUCCUCCUCCUGGACUCGCCCAGCCAAGUCACAAUGUCCCGCCAAACCCGACCGAACACCCUUGGUCUUGACCUCAAGGCCUAACGCUGAGACAGCGUCGCGCUGCUCGGGGCAGAUCAGAUUUACCCGACCUGCCUCCACGGCCCGCAAAUCACUCCUUAAACGAUUUUUUGAUCUGAGACGAAACAAAAAUGCCGAGUGCAGUGAAGCUCGAAAUUUAGGACCUAGUUUGAUGGAUGAUGGGACGGAGGGGAUGUUUAAUAUUGGGCGUGGAUUAUCAGCAAAGGCGUCGAACGAGCUACGGUUGCGAUGUACGGAAUUCGAUAACAAUGGGGACGUCACGUUGGUGAACGGGGAGUUCCGCAAGUCGGAGCUCAUCGCAAAGUACGGCCUCCUGCCCCGAGACUUGCGCAAGAUCGACUCUUCCACCCUUCCUCAUAUCCUUAUCCGACCGAGCGCCAUUUUAAUUAAUCUUCUACACCUACGAGUUCUUAUAAAAGCCGACCGGGUACUUGUUUUCGACGCGUACGGAUCGACCGACUCAUACAUGCAGUCGCUCUUCAUAUAUGAUCUUGAAGGCAAACUUCGGCAGAAAGCGUCGCAGAUCGCGCCUGGACAAUCUUUGCCCUACGAAUUUCGCGCUCUCGAGGCUGUCCUUAUUAGUGUGACUGCCGGUCUGGAGGAGGAGUUUAAUGGUGUCCGGGACCCUGUUGUACGAGUACUCCGGGCCCUUGAAGAGGAUAUCGACCGCGAUAAGCUUCGACACCUCCUCAUAUACUCUAAGAAGCUCGGUACUUUUGAACAAAAGGCUCGGUUGGUGAGAGAUGCUAUUGAUGAUCUUCUUGAGGCGGAUGAUGAUUUGGCUGCCAUGUAUUUGACUGAAAGGUCAACUGGCAAAGAGCGAGAUGAGGAUGAUCAUCAAGAAGUUGAGAUGCUCCUCGAGUCAUACCAUAAAGUCUGUGACGAAAUCGUCCAGUCUAGCGGUAACUUGGUCACCAAUAUCCGAAACACAGAGGAAGUAGUCAAAGCAAUCCUCGACGCCAAUCGUAACUCCCUGAUGCUCCUAGAUCUCAAAUUCAGCAUCGGCACACUUGCGCUCGCAGCAGGAACUCUGUUCUCCGCACUCUACGGAAUGAACUUGAAAAACUUUAUCGAAGAGUCCGACUUAGGCUUCGGCGGUGUCUCUGUGAUCUGCUUCGGCAUAACUGCCAUGUGCAGUGUAUACGGACUUGCUAAACUACGCAAGCUCCAGCGCGUUCGUAUGUGGGGCGAGUCUGGCGCGGGAGGUGCCUCAUUAACACCAUUGACAACCAGACAUGGAAUGAUUGGUGGUCAGCGUUCCAACUGGCGGGCAGACUCUAUCGAGCCUGUCUGGGGUAGUCUUCCUGGCGAAGCACGAUCCGAGCGUAUCAAAAGACUUCGAGACCAUGCUGGUGCAUCUGCAUCUAAGAGUGCUACUGCAUCGGCAUCACGAAACUCAUCUCCUGCAUUUGAGAACGCGUUGAAUGCUGAACGCAAAAAGGCAGCUCAACAAAACUCGUAA